AUGUAUUCGGACUUUGUUAACCUAGAUAACUUAAUAUCAGAGAUAAAUAACAUCUAUGAAACCAAACAUGAUCUAACCAGUGAUGUUAGUGUGCUUGAACCAGAGAGAGAAAUUAAUUUCUAUUAUUCUACGGCAAUGAAUCCUUAUUGCUCACCAAAUAUUAGUGAAAUGUUUAUGAUGUCAUUACAGAGGACUGCCCAAGGUCGAACACAAAAUGCAAAGAAGAUUGACAAUGAAUCAAUUCACUCUGAGUUAAUUCAGAAUGAAAUAUAUGAAAAUGAAAUUAAAAUACGUUCAUAUUGGAAUACUCUCAACACUGAUAAUAAUGAUGUUGCUUUAACUGUUCAGAGCAGAAAAGAUAAAAAGAAUAGAACGAAAGUUCGUUCAAGCUCAAUUAGAUUGCAAAUUGGUAAUCUCCAAAUGCUUAAUAGUAAUUAUGAAAAGCCAGCUUCGCGCCUUGGUAACUUGAGAUCAUCAUUUAUUAGAUUAUCAGAAAAACAAAUGAAAGAAGAAAUGAAUCUUGCAAGUCCAAGAGAAUUAUGUAGUAGUACAUCAAUAUUGCGUAGCCCAAUUGUUGAUGUUAGCGCAAAUAAUGAAUCCUUAUUGUCUCCUUUAAGCGGAGACUCAGAUGAAAUGAUUCCACCUGUUCAUCAAGAACCAUCUGAAAAUAAGAAACCAAGACAAAGAAUUGUUCUCCAAAUUCCAACUCAACCUGCAGCGUUUGGCAAAGCUCCAGAAAGGAAGUUAUCUCGUUCAAACUUAAAACCGGAAAUUCACAAAGCAAGAACUGGUUCUUUAGGAUCUCAUAUUCGAAAAUCUCGUGCCAGUAUUUCAAGCGAAUUCAAAGCUUCAGAUGUCGUAAUUCCUGAAGGAAAUGAUGUAACUAGAAGAUCACCGCCAACAGGAAACAGAAGAAGACCAACUCGUCCACCAAAAUAA